AUGCUUUCGUUUUCAUCAAUAUGUAAAGAACUUGAAACUGAUCUUGAACAACAAGGCGAAAUGCUAGAUAUAUUUUCUAAAAACAACUUCUUUUGGCUUGAUACAAUACGUCAUAAGGUUGAAUUAACUUCAAUAACUCCAAAGCAAGAUGAUAAAAAGCUAAAAUAUGACCCAUCGCAAAGGAAAUCAAGUAAAAGUAAUAAUACUACUAACAAAUUUGCAACAAUUACUCAAGUUAAUAAUCAACAGAUUAAAGACAUAAACGAACAAAAAUUACAAGAUUUUCAGAUUAGCAAAUCAAUUAAAUCCGAAAAUUCUAAUCUCGAACAAAUUACUCAUGUUCCUUUGACUAAGAUUAACGAAAAUCAUAAUGAAAAUAUACCGAAACAACGUUCAAUUCUACAUGAUAGUUUGCGAUCAUAUAAAAAUGAUAUGGAAUCCGAUUCAUCUGUUGAUAAUACAUUUGCUAUUGAUUCAAAUCGACACAUUUCAUUUGGAGUAACAAAAGAUGAUAAUGAACAACUAAAUGUUCUAGAAAAUAGUCCAAUAAUAUGUAAUCAAGAAACAAUCAGUGAUGUUCUAUCAUCUGAAAGUGAAUCACAAGCAACUCCAAUAAAACUUGAGCGUGUAACAGAAAAUGUUGUAUCAAAUGUUACUCCACAACGAUCUUCACUUACGCGUCAGGCAAUUCAUGCAUCAUAUGAUCGAUUCCAGAUUAAUGCUCAACUUAAGCAGGCAUUUUGUAUUCAUUCAGAUACAUAUUAUACCUCGUCUGAGGCAAUAAGUUCUUGUUCAACAACUGAAUCUGAACCUUUACCUUUGGAUUCCAAAGAAGAAAAUAAAACAAGAAAAUUUGCUGAUGCAAGAGAUAUUAGAAUGAGUAUCGAUCCUACUGAGAUCCUUCUUUCAACAGAAGAUUUCACUUCAACUAAUUCAGGAACAUUUAGCGUUGCAAGCAAUGCUCUUGAACUCUCACUUCAAGCAAAGCUCAACCGUGAAAAAUGGGCUAGGAUGGUUGCAGAAAAGAAUAGAUCCUUAGUAGAGCAAAAAGAUUAA